AUGAAGCUAUUAAGCCCUUUUGUUGGAUUUUUACUAGUGGGUCUAUGGGCUUCCGCCAUUGAAGCAGAUAUUUCUUUGUCUUUAAGAAACAAACAACAACAACAACAACAGCAGCAACAACAACAACAGACAUUUGAAGAGAAAAAAUAUGCCAAUUCCAGAUAUCAAGUCUUCGAGGUUCAUAACCAUUAUGAACCGGGUAAUGGAGAAAACAACCAGAAAUCACCAUCCGGAGCUGCUGAAGAAAUACGCAUCGAACACAUCAAUGCUCCGGCAGAUUUUCCUUUAGAUGAUCCCAAUUUGGAUGCAUCAUACUUGAGUUUCGCUACCGGCAAUGAAGACAGCAAUCAACAGAUUAUUGUAAAACAUGAGACCAAAACUGUUCAAACCAUUUCUAACAAUAUUCCAGUGCCUUUUCCCUCCAACUUUAAACACACCUUCCCAGAAAAAUCUAAUAAACAGCAGAACUUUAAUUCAGUACAACAAUCUGUCUCAUCUGUAGAACAAUAUCAACGAAAUCAGCAACAUGGUGUUAAUAGUUUUAAGACACAAACACAACAAUAUUCAAGACAGCCACAGCAAAAUUCUUUGAACACUCAAUCUCAAGCAUAUCAGCCAAUACAGCAAACUGGUCAUAAUUCUGGCAGCAAAACUGGAAAGGAAUACUUGCCGCCAAUUCCCAAAAAAUCUACAACUCAUCAACAAGGAUCAGUUAAAAGCCAACAAAACUUUGUACCAAAAGCUCCUUUCAAGGGUCCCGAUUAUUUGCCACCUCAACAACAUGGUUCAACUCAAAGCCAGCAGAAUUUUGUACCAAAUGCUCCUUUCAAGGGUCCCGAUUAUUUGCCACCUCAACAACAUGGCUCUGCUCAGUCCCAGCAAAACUUUGUAGCCAAUGCUCCUUUCAAAGGACCCGAUUAUUUGCCACCUCAACAGCAAGGUUCUGCUCAAUCCCACCAAAAUUUUGUACAAAAUGCUCCUUUCAAGGGUCCCGAUUAUUUGCCACCUCAACAACAUGGUUCAGCUCAGUCGCACCAAAAUGCUCCUUUCAAGGGUCCUGAUUAUUUGCCACCUCAACAACAUGGUUCUGCACAAUCCCAGCAAAACUUUGUUCCAAAUGCACCCUUCAAGGGUCCCGAUUAUUUGCCACCUCAACAACAUGGUUCUGCACAAUCACAACAGAACUUUGAACAUAACGCUCCCUUCAAGGGCCCUGAUUAUUUACCACCAUCAGAGCAAUCAACGUUCCGCCCAAGUACACCAUAUAAUGAACCCGAGUAUACACCAUCUCAACAACCUAAUUUCAAGGGUCCAGAUUAUCUACCGCCACAGGGAAACUCUGUUCAGCAACAGAAUAAACCUUUCAGGUCUGGUAAAUCAUUUAAAGGAGCAGAUUAUUUGCCACCCCAACACCAUGUUCCAGGAAAAUCUCAACAAAUAAAUCAGAAUCAAAACACUGCAUUUAAGGCUCCGGAUUAUUUGCCACCCCAUCAGCAACAACAACAGGUAACAUCCAACCAAAAUACUCCAUUUAAGGGUCCGGAUUACUUGCCACCCCAACAACAACAACAGCAGAUAAAAUCCAACCAAAAUACUUCAUUUAAGGGUCCGGAUUACUUGCCACCCCAACAACAACAACAACAACAGCAGAUAACAUCCAACCAAAAUACUCCAUUUAAGGGCCCCGAUUACUUGCCACCUCAACCGCAACAAAAGCAAACCAACUUCCAGCAAAGCAAUCAAUUUAAAGGACCAGAUUAUUUACCACCAAAUCAUUCCAAAAAUAAUGCACCAUUCAAAGGUCUCGAUUACUUGCCACCUCAAGGAAUUCAAGUUCAGGCAUAUCAGACACAAAUUGAAAGCUUACCCUCUGGUUACGACUUCCAAAAACCUCCAAACUCCGAACAGGCUAUAGCAGAAUUACACACUCUUCCCGGUCAAUCGCCUCAAUAUCAAGAAGUAACUGUACAAUCUCAAAUUCAAGUGGCUGGUCGUGAACAAGGAUCUGACAUUGUUUAUGGAACAUCGAAACAGGCAAACCCUCCCCAAAACAAUGGCUAUUUACCACCUGGUUAUGAUACUCCAAAACCAGAAAAUUCUGAACAAGCUAUAAAUCAGUUACAUAAUCAAGAGCAAACAACUGCUAGACAAUCUUUCAAAGCUUCGGAGUAUUUACCUCCCGGUUAUGAUUUCCAAAAGCCUGAAAAUGCCGAACAAGCCAUAAACCAAUUGCAUAGUUUGGAUCCAUCAUUUCAACAAACUAGUCGCUCGGCAACUGAGGAAGAUGUUUCAGGUCAAUCGUAUAGUAGUAAUGGUUUUUUACCAGCCGGUUAUGAUUUUCAAAAACCUGCAAAUUCUGAACAAGCCAUAAAUCAAUUACAUAGUCUACAGAAUUCGUACAAAUCAGCACAAACUCAGUCCUACAGUCAACAACAAACGCAGUCUCAGGUAACUCAAGUUAGACAAAAUUUCCAAGCUCAAACUUACCAGGGAAGUCAACAGUUUAAGGGUCCUGACUAUUUGCCACCCACAACUGGUACUCAACAGUUUAAGGGUCCUGACUAUUUGCCACCCGCAUCUGUUAUUCAACAGUUUAAGGGUCCUGACUAUUUGCCACCCGCAUCUGGUUCUCAAACAUUCAAGGGUCCCGACUAUUUGCCUCCUAAUUCCGGUUCUCAAAAUUUUAAGGGUCCCGACUAUUUGCCACCCACUACUGGCUCUCAAAACUACAAGGCUCCUGAUUAUUUACCACCCACUACUGGCUCUCAAAACUACAAGGCUCCUGAUUAUUUACCACCCACUACUGGCCCUCAAAACCACAAGGCUCCUGAUUAUUUACCACCCGCAGCUUCGGGGCAAACAGCAGUUCUCCAAAACAAUCAAUACAAUUCACAAGUUUUUAAAGGUCCCGAUUAUUUGCCACCCGUAAAUGUAAAACAAUCUUAUGAACCACAGCAACAAUCACAAUUUAAGGCUCCUGAUUAUCUACCACCCACCAGACAAGGUUUUAAACCCUCGACUAUGUAUCCUUUAAGCAGUUAUAUGACCAACGUUAAGCCUAACGAUCGUUAUGCUAACUCAAGAAGACCAUUUCCUGAAUACGGGCUACCACCAAGCAAAACGGCUGCAGUUUCUACCAGUUACGACUUAUCACCCAUGUAUCGCGAACCGGCUUCCCGGCCUCAGUAUUAUGCACCCACAAUGUCCUACUCCAACAAUGCGUUCAACAGUCAAACCUACACCACCUUUACACAAAAACCCUACCAAAGCACGCCAGCACUCAGUGAGCAAACACGUCAAACAUUGCAAACCUUCAUGCCUGAGGAUUUACGCCAAAAGGCCACAACGGUCCAGUAUAAUUCCCCAAGCGCGGUUACAGUGGCCGCAACAACGGUGCAAACUACUCAACCAACUACGUCUAAAAUUCGCACCGUGCAAAUUGUCAAUACCAAGGCCGUCAAAACUUUGAAAGUACUGGAAUCAUUAGAUCAUGCUGGUGUCAAGACUAUUAAAAUUUUGGGUCCCUCACUUGAACAACCCAUGGGUGAUCAUCGUGUUGUCAAGGUAGUAAGCGGUGGUCAUGAGCAAAACGUACAAACGGUAAAGAUUUUCAAUGAUCAUCAAGAUGUUACAGCCAACACAAAUGUUGGGCAAAACCAAAAUACCGGCUAUUUGCCACCCAGACGCAAACGUAAUCCCAAUAGUAAAACAAAGGCAAAAGGUCGUCGUCGUAACUGA